AUGGCUGACGCUCCCCGACGUGGAGGAUUUGGAUCUCGCGGUGACCGUGGUGGUGACCGCGGUCGUGGUCGUGGUCGUCGUGGUCGUCGCGGCGGCGCGAAGAGCGACGAGAAGGAAUGGCAGCCCGUCACCAAGCUCGGCCGUCUCGUCAAGGCUGGCAAGAUCACCUCCAUGGAACAGAUCUACCUGCACUCGCUGCCCGUCAAGGAGUACCAGAUUGUCGACUUUUUCCUGCCCAAGCUCAAGGAUGAGGUUAUGAAGAUCAAGCCUGUCCAGAAGCAGACCCGUGCCGGUCAGCGUACCCGAUUCAAGGCCAUUGUCAUUAUCGGUGACGGUGAGGGCCACGUUGGUCUCGGAAUCAAGACCUCCAAGGAAGUCGCUACUGCUAUUCGCGCCGCUAUCAUCAUCGCCAAGCUCAGCGUUCUGCCCAUCCGUCGUGGUUACUGGGGUACCAACCUCGGUGAGCCUCACUCUCUGCCCACCAAGGAGAGCGGCAAGUGCGGUUCCGUCACUGUCCGACUUAUCCCCGCUCCCCGUGGUACCGGUCUCGUUGCCUCCCCCGCUGUCAAGCGUCUCCUCCAACUUGCUGGUGUCCAGGACGCCUACACCUCCUCGUCCGGUUCCACCAAGACCCUCGAGAACACACUCAAGGCCACUUUCCUUGCUGUCGGCAACACCUACGGCUUCCUUACCCCCAACUUGUGGAAGGAGACUAAGCUCAUCCGCAGCCCGUUGGAGGAGUUCGGUGAUGUCCUCCGUGAGGGCAAGCGCUACUAG